AUGAAUCAGGAGCCGAUGCCUGGUGAAGGAAGGAAGGCCGAACGAAAGAACAGCCAGCUUUUACCACACUCCUCCUCUUCCUCCUCUGCUGCUGCGGUGGGAUCUGCUUUUUGGACCAUGGCGCUGCGCUCUGAGCACUUCACUGUAUACGUGGCGUUGUGUUUUCUUCUUGUAGCAUUAUCUACCCUCACUGUAAGAGCUUCCGCAGGUAGCGGAUCUAAAGUUUUGUCUCUUUUGCAGCCGUAUGACUUUCUGUAUUACAGCGGGGUCCGUGCUUAUUACGGAGAGGAGUGGACAAAGGCUGCAGAGCUGCUGGAGAAAUCCAUCCAGACCAAGGAGGCUCUGCUGAGAGCCCGCAGACAGUGUCAUGAUGACUGUGUGUCAUCUGGGACCGAGGCUUUCAACAAACUGGACUCAGAGAAGGGCAGCAUGUGGGACCUCUGGGCUCUGGACUGGAUUCAGCAAAAAGCCGAGUGUCUGAGGUUCUGUAUCGGACGCUCCGUCUCCCCAACGGGACAGCUUCCUGUUUCUAGUGACAUCGAAUAUGAAUUCAACACUCGCAACCCCUACAACUUCCUACAAGUCACUUACUACAAGUUGGAGAAGUUGAAAAAGGCGGCGUCUGCAGCUCACACGUAUUUUGUGGCCAACCCGAGUCACCUGGAGAUGAGGAACAACAUCGAGAAGUACAGGCGGAUGGAGGGAGUGGCGGAGGACGACUUCCAUGACAGAGAGGCUGAGAAACAUUGGGUUCUGUACGAUGCAGCCAUGCAGCACGAAGCGUCGUCCGACUGGCUGCAGGCGGCGGAGAAAUGGAGAGCAUGUGUGAAUGAAACUCUGUGGCGGACAGACGAGUGCAGGGUGCAGUGUGAGGUUUCACCGCAGCCGCUGCCUGAGGACCGGGGCGUGGACGGCGUGGACGGCGCCUUCGAAAAGGCUGCAGCUCUGUCCCUGUCCCUCCUCUCAUGCCGGCAGUCCUGCGUGACUCAGGUCGCCACACGACCCGGACGGAUUUCUGCACAGGAGGACUUCUUACCCACUCAGCUUGAGCAUCUUCACAUUGCACAGUUUAAAUCUGGUGAUGUGAGUGGAGCGCUGCAGACACUUCGCUCCUUUCUGCUGUUUUACUCCACUGACAAGGACUCCUUAGACAACCUGCAGCUCUACUAUGAGACACUAGGGGGCGAUGCGGAGUCACGCGGCAUUCAGCCUGCUCGGGAAAUUGCCAGAUACAUCAACCAGUCGCUGCAGGAGAAGAGCCUGUUGUAUUUCGGUGUGGAGAAUCUGAACUUUACUUUCACGGACCCGGAUCUCUGGACUCCAGAGGAUGUUGUGCCUGAGUCUCUCAGAGAAAACUGGAGAGCAGAAAAACAGAUGAUAAAUGAGAAAAUAAAGGAGGGAGAUCAGCCAGAAGAAGUGGACGACAGCGGGUUUUAUGCAGGGGGUCUGGUUCCACAGGUGGGAGUGACCAUCACCAUGGACGAUGAUGCUCUAAACGGGACGAAUCGGGUCGUUCUGGACGGAGUCAUGACUGAGAAGGAGUGUGAUAAAAUACUGCAGCUGGCAACUGUCGCGGCGUCUCUUGGCGAUGGCUACAGAGGACGGCGGUCCCCCCACACUCCUCACGAGACGUUCGAGGGUCUCACUGUCCUCAGGGCUGUGAAGCUGUCUCAGGAAGGACUGGUGGACCAGUCAGACACCAGACUGCUGCAUGAGCUGGGAGAGAGAGUGAGAACCCUGCUGCACUCCUACUUCAGGAGUCCCUCAGGGCUUUUCAUCUCCUUCACACACCUGGUGUGUCGCAGUGCCGCUACGGGUGAGCAGGAGGGCAGGAUGGAUUUGUCUCACCCGGUCCAUGUCGAUAACUGUCUGCUGGAGCCGGAAACCAGACAGUGCUGGAGGGAACCGCCUGCCUUCAUACACAGAGACCUCAGCGCCAUUCUCUACUUGAACGAUAACUUUGACGGAGGAGAGUUGUUGUUCACUAAGCGAGACGCCAAAACAGUAACAGCUCGAGUUAAGCCCAGCUGUGGUCGACUGGUGGGCUUUUCGUCCGGGCCGGUGAACCCCCACGGCGUGACGGCCGUGACCCGGGGUCGGCGCUGCGCUCUGGCCCUCUGGUUCACCAAGGAGAAGCUCUACAGGGACAUGGAGCGAGAGGAAGCAGAGGCCUUGUGGGCCGCCGACGGACAGAGCGCGUUGAAGAAGGACGAGGAAGAGGAGGAGAAGGAGGGCAGCGCCACCGCGGGCCGCAACGCCCGGAGCCACGCGCUCAAAGAACGGAGCAGAGAGAGAAACACGGUGACGGGCCGCAAGGACGAGCUGUGACAGUCAGAAAAGACGCUCAAGACUGAAACUGGAAUUUAUUUUCAUCUUUCAGUUUCCACUCAAGCAUCUCACUCUGUUUUUGUUUUUUUAUUCUGUGUCUAGUUUGUGCUUUAUUUAUGCUGUAAGUGAUGGAGAGCUGCCUCUGUGAUGUUAGUCUGGAUGCUUUUCCAACCAAUCACUGAAUUUGAAAAUGGAAAGAAUAUAAUGUGCAUUAAAUGUGACUCUUUACCAGCGAA